CUCUAUCUGCGUCUGCAACGCGAAGCUGUGUGUUGCGAUCACCUGACGAUGAUGAUGACAAUUGGAUUCAUCAUCGUUGCAGUCAUCACUGUCAUAAUUGUUGGAUUUUCUUUCGCCGCAAUCAAUGGCAGACGUAACAGGAAAAGAGCCGUUGGGUUCUUCCAUCCAUACACCAACGACGGCGGCGGCGGAGAAAGGGUGCUAUGGUGCGCCGUCAGAGCCAUCCAAGACGAAAACCCUAACCUUCACUGCCUUGUCUACACCGGAGACCACGAUGCCACGCCUCAAUCCUUGAUGGCUCGUGCCCUCGAUCGCUUCGGUGUCACGCUCCUCUCUCCUCCAAAGGUGGUGCAUUUGUACAAGAGAAAGUGGAUUGAAGAAACCACUUAUCCACACUUUACUAUGAUUGCUCAAAGUCUGGGUUCUGUGUAUCUUGCAUGGGAGGCUUUGUGCAAGUUUACCCCUUUAUAUUAUUUUGACACAAGUGGGUAUGCUUUUACAUAUCCACUUGCCAGGUUGUUUGGAUGCAAAGUUAUUUGCUAUACACAUUACCCUACUAUUAGUUCAGAGAUGCUGUCUCGUGUUCGUCAGCGCAGCUCGAUGUACAAUAAUGAUGCCUUAAUUGCAAAAAGUGUUUGGCUUUCUCGGUGCAAAAUCGUCUAUUAUACAAUCUUCAUCUACUUGUAUGGGGUUGUGGGAUCUUGUGCACACCUAGCUAUGGUCAAUUCAUCUUGGACCAAAUCCCAUAUUGAAAAGCUUUGGGGAUUUCCAGAUCGUAUUAAGCGAGUCUAUCCUCCUUGUGAUACUUCAGGACUCCAGGUGCUUCCUUUGGAAAGAUCAGCUGAAAUUCCUCUAAUAAUAUCUGUUGCACAAUUUCGACCAGAGAAGGCUCACAGUGUCCAACUUGAGGCCUUUUCAACAGCCAUUAAGAGAUUAGAUUCUGGCUUGCCAAAACCUAAGCUCCAAUUUGUGGGUAGCUGUAGAAAUAAAUCAGAUGAGGAAAGACUUCAAAUGUUAAAAAUGAAAGCAAUUGAGCUGAAUGUGAAUGAACAAGUGGAAUUUUACAAGAAUGUAACAUACAGAGAUUUGGUGGGACUUUUAGCAGGCGCUGUUGCCGGCAUCCAUUCCAUGACAGAUGAGCAUUUUGGCAUUAGUGUUGUAGAAUAUAUGGCUGCUGGUGCCAUCCCAAUUGCCCAUAAUUCUGCUGGCCCAAAAAUGGACAUUGUAUUAGAUGAAGAUGGACAGCAAACAGGACUUCUUGCCUGCACUGUUGAAGAAUAUGCAGAUGCCAUUUUGAGAAUCAUAAAGAUGCCAGAGAUGGAGAGACUUAAGAUGGCUGCUGCUGCAAGGAAACGUGCCCUUAGGUUUUCUGAGGAGAGGUUUUAUGAUGACUUCAAAACUGCAGUAGGUCCCAUUCUGUGUCAUAUUUCUAGAUGAUGGUCUACCAACUAUUCAGCAUCAUUGUAACUUAAAGUGGAGAUUUCCUUCACUGUUCCCUUCUCAGCCAGCCUAACUAUUUAAGAAUACUGACCAAGAAUUUUGUUACAGAAAUAGUUACACUUUUGUUUUCACUAUCGUUUCGUGGUUGAUGUUAUCUUCAUGGCCAUAUACCAAAUGGUAAAUGAUUUUACUUGUACAGAGGACUAUUGGAAGUUGGAUUGUAACAUAAGAAGUAACUAUUUGCUGCUGCUUCUUCUUUUAAUAUAGAAUUGUUUCUUCCAAAAGGUAAUUAUUUGACAAUUCUGAGAUAAUAUCUUAUUAUGUAUCCUGAAUUAUGUUUUUAUGGAAACAUGGUUUUUGACUUUUUAUACAUGCCAUUAAGGUGGUUGGUUGCUUGCUCCGGUUUGGUCAUGGCCAGGGAUGGACUCGUCAAGAGACUCGAUGACUUGUCUAGAUUCCUUACAUACAUGAAAAACACCAAGCAAACAACUUAAAAAGCUAGGAAAAGAAGUAUCCAACUCCAGCUCCUCAUAAAGAACAGGAGAAGGGGUGGGAGAGUUGCGGCAAACUGGGCAUGUGCUGUUCAUGCGAAGCCACUCAUCUAUGCAAUCAGUAUGGAAACAAUGUUUGCAUUCAGGAAUGCAUCUGAUUGUGUCUUUGCUGUUGUACUCUGAC